AUGGGAGGGGGUGCGCGAAUUAGCAAUCAGCUCCCGGCCCCUGAGGCUGCGGCGGCUGCCGAGCAAUACCCGUCAGAAGCUUGCAGCAGGAGAAACGCCGGAAAAGUGCGGCAAAAGAACCACCAGAAUCGGGCGCCUACAAGCUCGUUACGCCUUCCGCCGGCCGAAGGCCUUCAGGCAGCCGCGCACGGGACGCACGCCGCCGAUAUCCUAAAUUCUUCUUCCCGGGAGUCCGGAACUCGCUUCUCGGCAUCCAUCCGCAGGUGUUCCAUGUGCCCCUCCGGGUGGCCCGAAGGCGCCAGCUCCAAACGCAAAGCUUUCACACGCCAUUUCCCGAUCCUCCCGAACUUCACAACGGAAAAACAUGGAUGCCCCGAGGCGAAGCAGCUCAGGCUAGUCCGCACGCUCGGGCACGGCGCGUCAGGCGCCGUCGUGUGGCUGGCCUCCGACGACGCCUCGGGGCAGCUCUUGGCGGUCAAGUCCGCGGGCGCCGGCGGGGCGGUGCAGCUGCGGCGCGAGGAGCAGGUGCUGGAGAAUCUCCGCUCUCCACACAUCGUGCCCUGCCUCGGCUCCCGUGCCGCCGCAGUCGGGGGAUUCCAGCUGUUCCUCGAGUUCGCGCCCGGCGGGUCGCUGGCCGACAGGGCAGCCCAGAGCGGGGGCCGCCUCGCGCAGCCUGCUGUCCAGGCGUACACUCGAGACAUCGCGCGGGGGCUCGCGUACCUCCACGGCCGGUCGCUGGUGCACGGAGACGUCAAGGCCAGGAACGUGGUGAUCGGCGGAGACGGCCGCGCCAGGCUCACCGACUUCGGGUGCGCGAGGUCUGUCCAGCAGCCGUCCCCGUCGUCGCGGCCAAUCGGCGGGACCCCAGCGUUCAUGGCGCCGGAGGUGGCGCGCGGGGAGGAGCAGGGGCCGGCGGCCGACGUGUGGGCGGUCGCCUGCACCGUCAUCGAAAUGGCCACCGGCCGUGCGCCGUGGAGCGACGUGGACGACGUCUUUGCCGCCGUUCGCAAGAUCGGCUACACCGACGAGCUCCCGGAGCUGCCCGCGUGGCUGCCAGCGCACGCGAAGGACUUCUUGCUCAUGUGCCUGGCAAGAGACCCCCGCAAGCGGCCCACCGCAUCGCAGCUGCUGGAGCACCCGUUCCUCGCGUCCGCCUCAUGCAAUGGCAAUGGCAAUGGCAAUGCCGAUCCGACCAAGCAUGACUGGGCGUCCCCCAACAGCACGCUCAAUGCGGCAUUCUGGGAGUCCGACGACGAGGACGAGGAGACCUCUGAGCGAGCGUUCGAAAGGAUCAGCUCUUUGGCGAGCCUCUGCUCGGGCUUGCCCCACUGGGAUUUCGAGGAAGGCUGGAUCCAAGUGUGGGGCCAGUGCUCCCGGGUCUGCGAGGCACCGGCCGACACGGUGACGGCCGGCGCUGGUUUUGCCGUAGGUAGUGGAGCGUUGGAUGCCGCCGUGGUUGAUGAUCUCCACGUCGUCGUCGUGGAAGGAGCCAGUAGAUUUGCUACAUGCAGUGUACGAGUAAGAAAUAAUUGCAGCAAGUGCCAGAAGAGACAUUCGCCUGUCCACGCAGGAGGAAAUGUAGGAGUUUUCAGCGAUUUUGUUAAGUGCCACAAACAUCCCAGCGCAGGGGUAGGCAACAAUGUAGGAAUUAGAGAUGAUUUUGCUAAGUGCAAGAGACAUCCUAGGAUGAGCGCAGGCAGAAAUGUAGGAAUUGCUGCUGAUCUUGUCAAGUGGCAGACACAUUUUAGGGUUAUUGUAGGCAGCAAUGUAGAGUAUUUGCGCCCGGUUGCCAGUUGCCGGGGCGAAGCUGGGGAACUCGAUUGUCCUUGUAAUCCAGUAGUAGAAGAUAAAUUUGAUUUCGUGCCAAUUUGGACAUUUUCGUGA